AUGUCAUCCUCCUCCUCUGCCGCUGCCCCGGCACCCGUCAUGCCCACCUUCACCAAGACCCCUCUCCCCGACUUCUCCACCUCCAACCCGCUCGGCUCUCCGAACAAGUACAUCUCCACCGCCGCCUGUCUCAUCAUCGGCGACGAGGUGCUCAACGGCAAAACCAAGGACUCGAACAGCAACUAUUUCGCCAAAUUCUGCUUCGACCUCGGCAUUGAUCUCAAACGGAUCGAAGUGAUUCCGGAUGAUGAAGAGGUGAUUGUGGAAGCGGCUAGACGUCUUACGCGGGAUCACGAUUUUGUGAUUUCUUCGGGGGGGAUCGGUCCUACACCGGAUGACAUCACCUAUUCUUCCAUGGCAAAAGCGUUUUCGCAAGACGGGAAGUUGGUUUACGACGAAGAGGUGAUUCGACGUAUGGCGGAGAACCUCAAAGCUCGUCAAGUCAACACCUCGGGCAUUACAGAGGAUAUGAUCACGGCGAGAAAACGUAUGGCUCUGUUCCCAGCAGAAAAGGCAGAGGUGAUCUUCCCAACGGAAAACCUCUGGGUUCCAGUCGUUAGGAUGGAUGGCAAGCUGUGCAUCCUCCCCGGCGUUCCAAGACUCUUCGAAGCCCUCAUCGACGGCCUAGAACCCUACCUACCCCUAGACCCUAACCGUCCCCGUCCCUACAGAGUCCUGAUCCAUACAAGGUUGCCCGAAAGCAACAUCUCCCCCUUCCUGGUAGAGCUAACCGAAAAGUGCAAGAAGUGGGAGAUCAAGGUCGGAAGUUACCCCAAAUGGAACAACGGUGUCGAUGUAAGUUUGAUCGGAAACGACUGGGAUAAGCUCAAAGAGUUGAUCCCGGAGGUCGAGGAGAGGGUGGAGGGGAAGCUGAUCGAGAGUGGACAGCUGGGCAAGAGCCGUGAGCAACAACAGCAGCACAAGAUGUGA